GGCAAACUCCGACGGCACUUCCGACUGAGCUGUAAACAGUUGCAGAGAAAAUGCGGCAGUUAAUUGUAAUUGUGUGUGUUGUAGCCGCUGUCAGUUGUUUCGAGAUGGAUGAGGACGAGAUUCAGGUAGCCACCUUUGACCUGAAGCCGGGAGGUGAAUUGCUCUCCUUCGAGAAGGAAUGGGAUGGAGUCACAUGUAAAUUUUCAUAUCAAGCUCAAGGAGGGACCAAUGAGGAGUGGACAAUGGGGAUGGUGCGGAGUGACGACCAUCAGGAAUUCAGCUGCUCCGUAGAACGCCCCCAGUCCUACCUCUUCUUCCAGGCCUUUAAGAUGGAGUUGUCAGGGAUACCAGCAGUGGAGGGAGAGGUCUAUGGCCCUGGAAUGACCCAUUUAAAGCCAGAAGAAUUCAAAUUUGACAAAGCUGCCAAUAAAAUCUCAGAGACAGGUAAAUUCCAUUCUCAGUUGGACAAAGUUGUUCUGUAUGCCCGAAGAGGAAAGACGGAAUUAUAGACCUGUCUCAGAAAAGUCAUCGAAGUUCAAAUCUACAAAGAAGUGAAAAUCAAUUCAUUAAGAAUUGACCUUAAUAUUUGUUGCAUACUAUCAUCAUGUACAGAAGAUUACAUACAAAUAUGUGGGGGGGUUUCGGGGGAAAGGGGGGGGGGUCAUCUCUAAAUUAAACAAAAAGGCAGCAAUAAGGGAACGAUCGAGUUUCAUAUUUUUCUUUGUAAUUAAAUAUUAUAGAUAAGUAAAUAAGGUAAUUAAGCUGCACUGAGUGUAUUUCCCAGUAAUUUAAGCUAGAUGUUAUCAAAAAGAUCUUUUUCUAAUUACGUUAACAAAUAAGAGUUGAUCUCUAGAAUGUACUUUUCACAUGAGUUACAAAAUCCAGUGUUAUAAGCAUAUGUAGCGAUUUUUCCUCAGUCCGUUUUAGCAUAUUGUAAAAUGUUGACUGGUAUGAGGUGGUACUUUAAACAUGCUGUACAAAAUCAUUCCCUUUGUGUCUACUUUGAUAACAAGAGUGUAAAAAUCAAAUUUCAUUCAAGUCACAAUGUUUAGUUGAGGAUUUCAAAGAUUUUUAUGAUAAUUUAAGAUUGGAAAGUCAGAUGUUGCUAGUAGAUUUGUGGAAAGUCAGAUACAUGUGUGUUGGUUCUUCUUACAGCAAUAUAAGUGUAUUAUGUGUAUAUAAAGUUUUACCUUUUCUUAACAAAAAAUUGACAUGGCUUUUUUUAAAUAGAGUACAUAUGUUGGAAUAUAUAGAUACUUCAUAGGAAAAUCUUAACUAUGGAAAAAUGGCACUUUUGUAUGCAAAGCUUUUAUAGGUUGGCCAAAUGUUCUAAACUUAAAGAAUAUUUGAAGUUUUACUGUUGAUUAUGAUCACUUGGUUUUUUGCAGCGAUUAAAAAUAUAAAACUGGAUUUUAGUAUUGUCAAUGCAGACUCCAAGUUUUCUAAUGUACAUGAGAUAUUUAUGUUUAAAGUAUGCGGAGAACAUUAGAUAGUUGUGUUAAUUAGGAUACCUGGUUGUUUACAAGUAAACAUAUUUGUUCUUAAAGGAUUUCACUGUUAGAGAAACAUAAUUUUGUGAUUUUAUCAUUAUUUUUGUUAUUUUGGAUGAAAGAUUUGUGUGAAUGUAGAGCAAAUCUACCAAAGGUGAGAAAAGUAGAUCUGCAUGUGUACAUUUACAUCAAUCAUUGAUGUCACAUGGGUAUAUUUGUGGUCAACUGACUCUAAAUCCGUUCUAUAGAAGCUAUAGAACUAGAACUAGUGUAAGUCAAGAUUCGCUAAUUCUUGUUUAACAUUUCUUUGUUCAUGUUGUAAAUCUAAUAAAUAAUAUUUAAUUUA